AUGCUGUGGAGAAUAACUAUCCCCGUCAUACUUGCUGGGUUUCUCUGCAUGACCGCAGAAACCAAAAAGCCCCGUCCUCAGGGCUCCAUACCCUCCCCAUACAAGACAAAAGGAAACCUGUCUGUGGACCACCACCAAAGACUAUUGCAGCAAAAGCCAGAGGUCCUGUCUUCCAGCCGAGAAGCCUUAGUUGUGACGGAGCGCCGUUACCUUCGCAGAGACUGGUGCAAGACCCAACCACUGCGUCAGACAAUCAGCGAAGAUGGGUGCCGCAGCCGCACUGUGGUCAACCGUUUUUGCUAUGGCCAAUGCAACUCCUUCUAUAUCCCGCGCCACAUGGGUCCCAGCUCAGGCCACGGACAGAAUCGAGGUCAGGCUUCAGGCACUGGAAGAAAAAGCCACAACAAAGUCCAGGAGCCCUUUCAGUCCUGCUCUUUCUGCAGGCCGCACCGCAUCACCCAGCUCACGGUGCAAUUAGACUGCCCAGACCUGCAGCCCCCCUUCAGAUACCGCAAGGUGCAAAGGGUCAAACAGUGCCGCUGUAUGUCUGUAGAUGUAAGUGGUCUUGGGAAGCUGUGAAGGAGGGCAUUAAGGUCUUGAGCUCUUCCAGGGGACUUGCAAAAGCAAGGAAUGAAUUCAAGCAGAACUAUUCAGUACACUCUUGGGCAGCUGUGGCUGAGUGGUUAGAACAGUC